AAUAUAAAACUAAUUACCAACAUUGGUAUAUAAGAUAAGAACUCACAACAGAACAGUAAUAUUUGUUUUUAAGCUUUGAACGCUGCGAUGAACAAAAUAAUCGUCCUGUCGAUUACCAUAUGCGUGCAGAUUAUAAGUGCACAAAUAAUGCACAAUUGCGGUGAAGGAGAAGCUGUUCUGUUUUGCGGUCGAAUGUGCGAGGCGACUUGUCAAACUCCGUACAUUACUGAAGAAUGCAAGCAUACGGAUUGUUUAAUUGGUGGCUGCGGUUGUGAUUUUGACAAUGGAUUUGUCAGAAGUAAUAAUAGCGACAAGUGUAUUCAAAAAACUGAUUGUUAAGGAAUUACUGAUAAGAUAAUAAUGGCCUCUAUCGAAGGAUAUUUUUAUCCAAUAAUACUAACAGUAAUGUAUUUUAAAAUACGUUUUUUUUUACACGGAAAAAAUUUAAGUGAAAAUUACAAUAAUAAUAUCGUAA